AGAAGCCAAUCCCUCUCAGCUGCAAUGGCUUACUAGUUUGGAGCAGAAGCGCACACGCAGUGCAGCCGCUGUCCCAGUGAAUAAAACAGGAAAAAAAGGCAGAGAGGCUUUUAGGAGGAUUAAGAACGUGUGAAAGAAACGUGUAAAGAAGGUCGGGAGGGAGUUUUGGGGGUGAAUCUGAGGAUUUGGGGCUCGGAUGUGCGCUCGGAUCAACCUGUUGGACCUGAGAAGGAGAGGAAGGAGAAGAAGGAGAAGCUGUUCUGUUGUCAGUGUGGAGGUGAUGCUGGAGCUGGAAGUCACCACACUUUAACCUUUAACUGGCCUUUUACUCUGUAGAGGCACCAUGCACGUGUCUCUGGCCGAGGCUCUGCAGGUACGAGGAGGUCCUCUUCAGGAGGAGGAGGUGUGGGCCGUCCUGAACCAGAGUGCUGAGAGUCUUCAGGAGCUGAUGCGCAGAGACCCGACCGCCCUGGGUUUCAUCAUCUCACCUUGGUCUCUGCUGCUCAUGCCUUCCGGAAACAUCUCGUUCACAGAUGAGAAUGUGACUCAGCAGGACCUGAGCGCGUUCACCUCACCAGAAGUGCUCGAGGGCCUCAACUUGUCGUCGCUUUCCGAUAUGGAGAAGAUGCACAUGUACUCACUGGGUAUGACUCUGUUCUGGGGAGCGGAUUACGAGAUUCCUCAUAGCCAGCCUAUGAAGCUGAGUGAGCACCUGAACAGUAUUCUGCUGAAGAUGUGCGAGGACUCGACUCUGACUCGUCUCUCGGUCCGCUCCCUCCUGGACGUCUGCAGCACACACGUCCGUAACUCCACGUGCGAUCCUUCCUUUUCUUACGUGCGUAAACUGGUGCGUCUGGUCCUCGGCAGUCUGUCUCAGCUGGAUGGUUUGCUGUCCCAAACUGAGAGAGAUUCCCUGCCUGAGAGGAGUAAAGAGAUUCGUGAGAGAUUACGUGGUAAAGGUUUGCCUGCAGGUCGUAGUGCAGCUCAUCGUGUCCUGGAGCGUUACCGAGCUCGCACUCAGGAGCAGACGGCUCUGAACCGAGGCCUGAGCCGCUCCAUGGGCUCGCUGCCCACUCGUGAUGAAAACCUCCAGCAGACGCCUCCUCCAUCUGAGACGACCUCUGAACCGUUUGCACGACAGCACAAGGUUAAAGGUCAGCUCCAGGAGCCGGACCGCCGAUCCCUGCCCCACCACAGGAAGAAGAACUGGGCGUCGUCUGUGGAUUUAGCCUACUUAGACUCGGAACUGCUGCGUUUUGGCGCCCUGGAAGACGCCCGGAGGGGAAGCAGCGCCCUCAGCACUCGCUCGGCCGGCAGGCCAAAGUCGGCCGCCAGGAUCAGAGACUCGACUUACGGAGAAUUCGAAAGCUUGGAGUUCAGGAAGAGUCAUCAUCACUCAGCACAGGCGGUGGGAGGAGCUUACAAUAAACUUCGAGAGAGACACAAGAAGCUGCACGCGCUCAGUCGAGCCAUCGAUGACCCUAUGCACACACACAGGAGUUAUCAGAGUGACUACAGCUCAUCCAGUGAGAGUCCAUCAGUAACAUCAUCAGACCCAGACUACAGACAUGCUAAGAGAACGGAGGAGCUGCGGCGCUUCAGUUCACAGGUGGGAUUGUCUGAGAACGACGGUGUGACAUCCAGACACAGGAUGUAUGAUGUGGGGCAGGAGGAGGCGUUCAGGACGGAACUGCUGAUGUCCAGGCCUGAGGACGGGAUGCGGAGACUUCAGACCCAACUCUCCCGCUCCAACCUUUACCCCGGUGACGAGCCGCGGGCUUCCAUUAACGACCUGCGAGAGGCCAUGAAGAGCAGCAUGAUGGACAUCAGCGGGCGCAAGGCCAAGAAUUUUUUUGGUCCUGAGUUUGCGAAGAUGUCGACGGAGCCGUGUGUGGUUCUGAAUGUUCCCUCUUCUAUAAUGAAUAAGCGUGGGAAGGUGGAGGAGAGCCUGCGGAAGGUGUUUGUGGUGUUGCUGAACGGUCAGAAGCUGGAGGUGAGCUGUGACGUGAAGGCGGUGUGUAAGGACGUGUUGGACAUGGUGAUAGCUCACGUGGGUCUGGUGGAACAUCACCUGUUUGGCCUGGCGUACCUUAAAGACGACGAGUUCUUCUUUAUCGACUCCGAAGGUAAAAUCUCGAAGGCGGCUCCAGACGGCUGGAAAGAAGAUCCGAAGAAGCGGAAAACGGACGUCAACUUCACUUUGUUCCUGCGCAUCAAGUUCUUCCACGACGACGUUAGCUUUAUUCAGCACCCCAUGACCAAGCACCAGUAUUACCUGCAGUUGCGGAAGGAUCUUCUGGAGGAGCGAAUGCGCUGCAAUAUGGAGAACGUGAUGAUUUUGGCGUCCCUGGCCCUGCAGGCUGAGAUCGGAGACUACCAGCCCGAGCUCCAUGGGAAGACGUAUUUCAGGACAGAACAUUAUCUUCCUGCUCAUAUAAUGGAGAAGCUGGACCAAAGCUCUAUGAAGGAGGAACUCUCCAAACUGCACAGCAACUAUUAUGGAGCCAAAGAGGAUGAGGCCGAGUUUGAGUUCCUUAAGGUGAGUCAGCGGCUGACGGAGUACGGCGUUCAUUUCCACCGCGUGCUGCCAGAGAAAAGAUCUCAGACAGGAAUCCAGAUGGGAGUCUCCUCCAAAGGCAUCCAGAUCUUUGAGGUACUGAACGGAAACCGAACGUCGGCGCUGAGGUUCCCCUGGAGAGAGACCAAGAAGAGCUCCUUCACCAAAAAGAAGAUUUGUCUGCAGAACUCAUCAGAUGGUAUCAAACACGUGUUCCAGACGGACACUCAGAAGACGUGUCAGUAUCUUCUCCAGCUGUGUUUAGAGCAGUACAAAUUCCACCAGCAGAUGAAAACACGGCAGAACAACCAGGAGCAGCAGGAGCUCGAAAACUCUCCUCUGAACCUGCUCCAGUACCCUGUGGGUCCUGAAAGCCUGGGCAGGGCCGUUAGCUUAGCCAGCCUGGCAGCUAGCACUACAGCGAGCACCCGCUCUAACCCAGACAGCUUGAAGAGGAUGUUGAGCUCAGAAGAUCGAACGUUUCCUUCCUUCAGUGCAAACUCCAGUUCCAGGAUGAAGAGCCGCUCACAUCACAACCUGGGCAAGCUGCCCGAGGCUCCUGAGCACCGGGGGGCGCCGUUUACCUCUGUACACCAGCGCGCUAGCUCCGAUACCGACUCCAUCGCUGUUCAUGGACAACAGGAGAGCGCCUUCAGGUCCAUGGGUCACGCCGACGCUUUGAGCUGGAGUCCAAAACACCUGAAGAAGGAUUCAGACACGUCGUCCUGUGAGGAGAGCGGAGCGGCGUACGCUGAAGAUUUGUUGAGGAAAAAGUUGGACAUGUUGCCUUCCACUAAGCGUGAAAUUAAAAACAUUAAUCUGAAAAAGGAUGCGAAAUAUGGCCUGGGCUUUCAGAUCAGUGAUGGAGAGAGUGCAGGCCGUAUGGACCUGGGUACCAUCGUCAGCUCCAUUACUCCAGGGGGACCUGCUGACGUCGAUGGACGCCUGAAACCAGGUGACCGGCUGCUUAAAAUAAACAGUAUUAACGUUGAAGGUCUUUCUCAUGAAGAAACCAUGGAGAUCUUGCAGACUUCUCCAGAUGAUGCCACACUGCUGGUAUCACAGCCCAAAGAGCCACUCUUCACAGACUCUCUUUCAGAUCUCUCGCACUACAAAGACAAGUCGAGACAGGAAGUAGACGUGGAUUCUUCCUCCGAGGAACUGGCUCAUACAUUCCCUCCCUCCAUCACUAAGAACGUAGCAGGAAGCUUCCCACAGACCCAACUCAACGGCCUGCACCAGAAAGAUGAAAGCGGCGCUGACUCCGCCCCUCCGGCGCUGCCGCCCAAAACCAGGAAGACCAAAGUCCCCGAAGCCCCGAAGGAGCCGGAGAUCUCGGACAGAGGCGACUCGGACAUGGACGAGGACACGCACUCGAGUAACCAGGACAAGCAAAAGUCUUUAAAGGACGUCUCCAUCACGGACAGAUUAAGUGAUAGUGGCCCAGCAGUCAGUAGUCUCCAGCCUGGAGGUCUAUUUGACAUUGAGCUGUCUAAAAUAGACAGCAGUCUGGGCAUUAGUGUCACGGUACUGUUCGGAAAGGGUGGCUCCAACACGUCGGUGAGACACGGCGGGAUCUACGUCAAAGGGCUUGUCCCUAAAGGUGCAGCAGAGCUGGAUGGGAGGAUCAAGAAAGGAGACCGUGUGGUGGCUGUGAACGGAAAAAGUCUGGACGGAGCGACUCAUAAGGAGGCGGUGGAGGCUCUGAGAGACACGGGACAGGUGGUCCAUCUGUUAUUGGAGAGAGGACAGCUCCCAGAGGACAGAGUUCACGCUCCUCUCACCCCUAAGGUCACUUUGAUGGUCCGAGACCCCAAACCUCAACUUCGUAGCACAGUGAGAAAACCCCAGCCGGAGUACAGCUUCGUCACGCCAGAUAACGUAUUUGAGGUGAACUUGCUGAAGAACACCUCAGGUCUCGGGUUCAGCUUUAGCCGCGAGGAGAAUGUUCCGGAUGAGCCACUCUGUACCAGCAUGGUCCGGGUCAAGAAGUUGUUUCCCGGCCAACCGGCUGCCGAGAGCAGGCUGAUCCGAGUGGGCGACGUCAUCCUGCGUGUCAAUCAGACGUCACUAAAAGGACUCACGCAGCACGAGGUGAUCUCAGCUUUAAGAGGGACAGGUCAGGAUGUGACGUUGCUGCUGUGCAGGCCUGAAGCAGGAGUACUUCCUGAUGUGGAUUCCUCUAACCAGACCUCCACCUCAUCCCUCCGUAAGGAACCUCCUCCGAAGCCAAAACUCUUCAUGAAGCCGGCGUCUCCGCCUCAGGAGGAGAAAGUCAAUUCCAUGGUGGAACAGGCUCUGGACAGGAUGCUGAUGAAGUCACCGAGCCGAAGAGACAGCUACAGUGACAGCACUGAUGAGGAAGAGGAGGUGGACGAAGAGGGCUUAAGUCCUGCGGGUCAGAAGGAGUCCGUCUCGGAGACGGACGACACCAUCCGCUCUGCCUACGCCGACACCGAUGCCGCCCACAGGCCCGAGGCCAGCUGGAGGGCUCCUCCCUCGUCCCCUCUUCUCUCGUCUCCAGCUCUUCCUGAAGCAGGUCUCCUAAACGCCAGUUCUAACCCUUUGCCCCCUGCACUUCCCACCCCUCUCAACCUCGCUCUUCCAGGACAAAGUCCAGACACAGAGGACUACCUGCCUGAAGUAGAGCUCAAAGUGUCUCUGGUGAAGUCAGAGAAAGGAAGCUUGGGCUUUACGCUGACGAAAGGAAACGACCAAAACUGCUACAUCCAUGACAUCAUCCAAGACCCAGCGAAAGGUGACGGCAGACUUCGGCCUGGAGAUCGCAUGAUAAUGGUGAAUAACACCGAUGUUUCAGGUAUGAGUCACACCGAGGUGGUAAACCUCGUCCGAGCCGCACCGCGUGUGGUAGAUCUGGUUGUUGGACGUGUCCUUGAAGCCCCUAAACCACCAAUAGAUGCCCACCUUCUGCCUGACAUCACAUUUAAGUGCCCCACUGAGUCGCUGGGUUUGGUGCUGGACGGAGGUAAGGACAGUGAGUUUGGUGUCCUCUAUGUGAAGGAAAUCCUCCCGGGUUCGACGGCUGCGACGGAAGGAACCCUGAAGAAACUGGACCUCGUUCACUACAUUAACGGAGCUCCGACGAACGAGCUGAUGCUCAGCGAGAGCCGCCGACUUCUGCAGCUUAAACCUCAGGAGCUCACUCUCAAAGCCACCAGGGACGGGAAACCCGUGUGUCAGGAGAAGGAGAGAAACAACAACGUCAGCUUGAAACCCAACACAUCCACCAGUAUGAACGGUCAUGUUCAUAAUAAUGAUCAGGAUUUAGAAGCCAUCUGUCCCUCUGAGGAGCAGAUCAUCAAGCUGCAGUUGGAGAAGCCUCCGGCCGGCACUCUGGGUUUCUCCGUCAUCGGAGGAGAGAGAGGCAUUUUUGUGAAGUCGAUCACUCCAGGAGGAGCAGCACACAGUGACAACACGUUACAAGUCGGAGAUCGUCUGCUCAAAGUGAAUGACGAGCUGAUGACUGGUGUGUCACAUUCUAAAGCAGUGACCACCAUCCGGAAAACCAAAGGUGUUGUUCACCUCUUAGUGUCUCGACCUCCUGAUCAGACCCCCAGCACCUACCUGGGCUUCCUGCCUCUGAGCUCCAGCAAUGGCAACACAGACUUGAGUGAAGACAGUGGGGUGAAAACAAAACUCUGUAGUUCACCAGAUGCACAAAAAUCCAAAAGUCCACCUGCUCUUCCACCUAUAGAUUAUGACACUGUAGAACAAAGACUAGAAGCCGAGGAGUCUGAAGACACCGACUGCGACGGUUCGUCUCUUCCAGAGGAUUCUCCAGAGACGACGAGGAGGACAGAAUGGAAGGAGGACAGCGUGGACAGCCCUCAGAACGACAGUUACCGGCGCUCGCCCUCGGGACAGCUGGACGAGGAUGAGGACGAGGUCACGUGGGGCAGCGACGAACUCCCCAUCGAUAACAUCAACUCCAGAUUCACUGAAGACGGACCGAUCAUCACGGACGAUGAGCUCACCUCCCUGCCUCUGGUCAGAGUGGUUCCCAACGGUCAGUACACUGGGCCAAAGCUCAACUCCGUGGUGAGGAUGAUGAGAGGACUGCUGGAGCAGAAGGUCCCUUUACAGGAGUUUGAGAAUCUGCAGAAUUUACAGCCGCUGGACGACUGUUUGAUCGGACAGACGCAGGAAAACAAGAAGAAAAACCGCUACAAAAACAUCGUACCCUUUGACACCACACGGGUGACCCUGGGCAAAGACGGCGGCUACAUCAACGCCAACUUCAUCAAGAUGCCGGUGAAGGACGAGAACUUUCUGUACAUUGCGUGCCAGGGGCCGCUUCCCACCACACUGGCUGAUUUCUGGCAGAUGGUCUGGGAGCAGAAGUCCAACGUGAUCGCCAUGAUGACCCAGGAAGUGGAAGGAGGGAAGGUGAAAUGUCAGCGGUACUGGCCCGACACGCCGAGUACGGCACAGAUGGUGGACGACAGGCUGCAGGUCACGUUGGUCAAAGAUCAGCAUCUGGACAACUUCAUCAUCCGGCUCAUAGAGGUCAAGGACGUCCAGACAAAUGAAAUCCAGAGAGUCACACACCUGAACUACACGGGCUGGCCGGACCACGGCACUCCCAUGCAGCCUGAACAACUCCUGACCUUCAUUUCCUACAUGAGACACAUCCACCAAUCGGGGCCCAUCGUCACCCACUGCAGCGCAGGGAUUGGCCGAUCAGGAACGCUCAUCUGCAUAGACGUCGUUCUUGGUUUAAUCAGCAAAGACACGGACUUUGAUAUCUCGGAUGUGGUGAGGACAAUGAGACUGCAAAGACAAGGCAUGGUGCAGACUGAGGAGCAGUACAUCUUCUGCUACCAGGUCAUCCUGUACGUGCUCAGGUGCCUGCAGGCGGAGGAGAAGAUGUUGGGAUAGAACCGUGGCCUGGUGUCACCGAUCCUCAUCUCUAAACCGAAACCACCAAGAAAGAACUUUCACACUUUCUCAAUCGUGAUCAAAUCAAACUGUUUAAAGAUUAGUUGUUUGUUUAUUUCGGUCCCUUCCUGUUGCUUCCCUUCUCUUCUACUGAACUCAGACACAAUAUGUUAUAAAGAUAUUUUCUCUACUACUUUUUUAAGGAUCUUUUAACGACGAUAAGAGCAAAUAAAUUCCUAUUUUAAGUGCAUUUUAUUGCCGCCUGGACGGAGAACGACGACAGUAUUUCUGCUUUGUAAAUCUUUUCCCGGUUGCUGAGUGCCAGCGAUGAUCGCUGAAGUGAAAGUGUACAGAUGUUUUGCUCCGGACAGAUGUGGAUAUGAUGUUUAAGCUGUUACAUACUGGACAAUAUGCAAUUUGUAAAUAAAAGAUUAUCAUUCCUUUAAA